AAGCAACCAAAGCAACAGUGGAUGUGAAUGUGAUUCCAGUCAUUUUUUCUACAGCCUAGCGACACAAUGAAUUUCUUUCUCUUCUUCUCCUUGCUAGCCUUUAUCAUUACCGCCAAUGCUCAGCUCAAUUGCAGUCACGAACCUGAUGAACUCCAGUUCUUAUUUAUGGCUAGUAAUGGAAGCUCCUUUAACACUUACAGCAGUUUGGUUGGAGUCGACAUGGCACUGGAAAGGAUCAACAGCAACUCUUCUCUCCUUUCAAACUUUACUCUGAGCUACUCAGACGCAGUCGACUCACAGUGUCUUAGGACACCAUCGCUAUCUGAAUUUCUCUCCCAGAUAACUGCCCCUUGUUCCAACUUCCUUGCAGUAAUAGGCUCAGGCUGUUCGGUUGCUACAGAUCCGGUAGCUGAAAUCGGACCAUUCUGGGGUCUCUCUCAAGUCUCUUAUUCCUCGUCAUCAGUCCAUCUAAGAGACCGCAAUCGUUUUAAGAACUAUUUCCAAAUCUACGUAUCCGAGAGCAACUAUAUUCCAGGAAUAGCAGCGAUCAUGACUCAUUAUGAGUGGAGUAGAGUUGUCAUUAUUACUGAGAAAGUAACACUAUUUACUGAAACUGAAGAGUCACUCAUUGAACUACUGAAUACAAAGUCAAUUGUUGCUACGAAGAUUAGCUUUGAAUCUGAUGAAGAUCCUGCUAACAUUUCUGAUCUAUUUCCUGAGUCUGGAAGGAUCUUUUUCUUGAACAUGUGGGAGCCUAAAGCAAGACAAGUCAUAUGUGAGGCUUAUAAAAGAAGACUUACAGAUAGGAGAAAAUAUGCUUGGAUAUUGUACGGAUGGUACAGCAAUCAGUGGUGGACCAUACCAUCUACUGAGACACCAAAUGAUCCAUUCGCAUGUACAAGUGAUCAACUAUAUUCAGUACUUAAUGGAGCAUUGGCUGUACAGCAGUAUCCUAUUAAUACCAAUGUAACAAAGAGAGUCAUCGGGGAUCUUUCUUACAAUGAUUUCUAUGCCUUAUACAAUGCCAGACUUAAUUCGUCUAAUUCGUCUUAUCGCAAUUUCCAACCUACCUAUGUGGCACACAUGGCUUAUGAUGCCACGUGGUCACUAGCACUGGCUCUUGAUAAAACAGCAAAAAGAAUAGCAGAAGGUCAAGGCCCAGGCCCUGAUUGUAAUGGUACACUGACUCCAUUGGAUCAAUGGAGCAAUACGAUAACAACUACCUCUUGUGUCAUAAGAUAUGAGCUUGGAAGGACCAGCUUUGAAGGAUUAUCAGGAAAUGUUAGUUUUGAUGAAGAUGGUAUUAGACCUAAUAGUAGAACUAGGAUCUAUCAGAUAAGAAACAAUGAGCAGCUCCUUGUGGCUAGUUGGUUUCAAGAUGAAUUCAUUUACUUAAACAAUCAAAAUACCGAAACAGUAUUUCCAGAUGGUGUUCCAUCAGAUGGCACUCCUAUUCGAAUAAUCUCUACAUUUCAUGCCUCGCUAGUUGUCAUUUUUUAUACAAUCAGUUUUGUCGGGCUUGUAUUUUGUGCCAUCUGUCUAAUAUUCACCUUUUAUUUCAGAAAUAAAAAGUUAAUCAAGCUUAUUAGUCCUAAUCUUAAUUAUUUCAUCAUUGCCGGAACAUCGAUGGUGUUUUUGUCUAUAUUUUUACGCACAUUCCCAUUUGAUACCAGUAAUGAAGAGGAAUUUAAAUCAACUCGACUAGUAUUUUGUUAUAUUUCUUUAUAUCUUGAUUUCAUUGGUUAUACAAUUGCUUUUGGAACAAUCCUAUCUAAAAUGUGGAGGAUAUAUUACAUAUUUCAUAAUCCUUCGCCAAACAAGAAGAUACUUACUGAUUGGCAUUUGAUGGGUAUAAUUCUAUUGAUAACUGGAGGUAUGGUAUUUAUACUGAUAAUUGGUUCUGCAAUACCUCAAACAAGAUUGAAGCUCUCACUGGAGUCCGACAGAGAAAAUUCCAACAAGUUUAAUGAAAGAGGAGUUCCAUUAGAUUAUUACGUUUACCACUGCUUCACUACUGCUUCCUAUGUGUGGCUCAUUUUCCUCUACAUUUAUCUUGGGAUGCUUCAGAUAAUAGCCAUCAUUCUUGCUAUGCAAACACGCAAAGUCCGUAUCAAAAUACUCAAUGACUCCAAGGAGGUUGCUACCAUCAUUUACAUAACUAGCAUUGUACUGGUGGAGCUGGUCAUAGUCUCAUUUGCUCUCUCUAGUUUCUAUAAUACUCAUGAGGUCCUUUAUGAUAUUGGUCUCCUGAUUGUUGCCUUUGCCAUUUUACUCGUUAUAUUUGCACCAAAAAUGUAUCGCUUGUAUAAAGAUCCUGAAGGAGAAAAGUGUGAUACCACACAGAUCACAUCUACAGUUGAAUUUGGAAAAAGUGGAGCAUUCACAGUAGUGAGUGAUAAAGAGAAGAUUGACCGGUUGCAAAAUGAAGUUAUGGAGUUGAAAUCACAACUAGACGGAAGAAGGGCUUCAAGUAGCACUUAUGCAGAAAAUGGAGACAGGAAAUUAUCAGUUUCAUUCAUUGAGACAUCAAUGGUAUCUUUGCCUAUUGUGGAGACGAAUAACUGAAAUGACACUAUGUAUAAGUAUAUAGUAUUGUCUUGGUGUUUUUAAACUGUUUUUAUUCAAACCCAUAAUUUUAUCCAGGAAUAAUAAUUUUAUUAUUAAAAGGUAUCAAUUUUGAAGUGGACAUUUAGUUAAAUGCCCAUU